AUGGACGCUCUACGCCGCGUUUCCACCUCCGCGGCGUCGCGCCGGGCAGCUUCUGGAGAUGCAACCGCCGACGCAGACCUCGCGCGAAUGGGCUACAAAUCCGACCUGCCACGGUCCCUCAGCAUGUUCUCCGUCCUCGGUCUCUCCUUCGCCAUCAUGGCCGUCCCCUUCGGUCUCUCCACCACACUCUACAUCACCCUCACCGACGGCCAAAGCGUAACGAUCCUCUGGGGAUGGGUCCUCGUUUCUCUCAUCUCAUUGAGUAUAGCCGCCUCUUUGGCUGAGAUUUGCGCCGUCUAUCCUACCGCUGGGGGAGUGUACUACUGGAGCGCCAUGAUGGCGACGAAAGAAUGGGCUCCUAUAGCUAGCUGGAUCACCGGAUGGUUGAAUCUCGUCGGAAAUUGGACCGUGACGCUUAGCAUUAAUUUCUCCGGCGCACAGCUUAUCUUAUCGGCCAUAUCGCUCUGGAGAGAAGACUGGACUGCCAAUGCAUGGCAGACGGUCCUCUGUUUCUGGGCCGUCAUGUUGGUCUGUUUCCUGGUGAAUGUCUUUGGAUCCAAGUACUUGGAUCUGAUCAACAAGAUUUGCAUCUACUGGACGGCGGCGAGUGUGUUGAUCAUCCUGGUCACACUCUUGGCCAUGUCGGAUAAUUACAGGAGUGGAGAGUUUGUCUUUGCGCAUUACGAUGCGAGCCAGAGUGGGUGGCCAGAUGGGUGGGCGUUCUUUGUUGGGUUGCUGCAGGCUGCUUAUACCUUGACGGGAUAUGGACUCGUUGCGUCCAUGUGUGAGGAAGUGCAGAAUCCGGCAAGGGAGGUUCCCAAGGCGAUGGUGCUGUCCGUAGCAGCUGCUGGAGUUACAGGAGUGAUAUAUCUGAUUCCCAUCCUCUUCGUCCUUCCGGACGUGCAGAUGCUGCUCCACGUAGCCAGCGGACAGCCGAUCGGACAACUCUUCAAGACCGUCACAGGCUCAACAAGCGGCGGUUUCGGUCUCCUCUUCCUCAUCCUAGGCAUCUGGUUCUUCGCAGGCACGGGAGCUCUCACAGCCGCCAGUCGCUGCACCUACGCUUUCGCCCGUGAUGGAGCUAUCCCCGGAAGUCGCUGGCUUGGACAAACAAACAGCAAACUCGGCAUCCCUCUCUGGGGUCUCGUCCUCUCGACAGUAGUAGACGCCCUCCUGGGUCUCAUCUACUUUGGCUCAACAGCAGCAUUCAACAGCUUCACCGGCGUAGCAACAAUCUGCCUCUCCACCGGCUACGGUCUCCCGAUCCUGGUAUCGAUCCUCCGAGGCCGCAAAAUGGUCCGUCAUUCCACUUUCUCCCUGGGCAAGUUCGGCUUCACCAUCAACGUAAUCUGUCUCGCCUGGAUCUGUCUCGCAAUCGUGCUGUUCUGCAUGCCAGUCAGUCUACCCGUCACAGCUUCGUCGAUGAAUUACGCUUCGGUCGUCUUCAUGGGCUUCGCGGCGAUUAGUAUCGCGUGGUAUUUCAUUCGCGGCAGGAAGGACUUCACGGGACCGCCUGUCGUUCAAGAUGCACACUCGACGCUGGAGGGCAAGUCGCAUACGUCGGCAGAUGGAGGAGAUGGCGAAUUAGGGGACGGAAUAGAGAAGAUUGGCAAGGAGCCACUCAAAGCGCUGUAG